UGACCCGCCAGUGGGCCUAACAUGUACCCCCUUGUCGUCAAGCGAGUAGCUGCUGAUAUGCUAACACACGCAGAUACAGUCACUGACACACAUGGAGGGACUGUACUUUGAUGAUUGAGUGAGUGAGUGAGUGAGUGAGUGGGUAGGUGGGUGGGUGGAUGAGACAAGUACGAACACAGAAGGACAACCCGCGAGCGAACAGCGUGUACUGGAAAGGAAAGGCGAGAGCAAAGACAAGGUAAAGCCAGCUGGAACAGGGUGACCCGGCUAGAAAAUCGAGUAAACACCACAAGAUGAGAAAGGGAGAACUGCUCUCGAUGGCCUUUUAGUAGGAUGCGUACUCGGCGACUGUGGCCAUCUUGUGUCACGAUUUGCUGCUGGCAGAUAUAUACAAGGACAGCCAGCCCACCGCCGUCGAACGGCGUGUCCUGAGCACCAUUUCCCUGAGUACGAAGUCCAACCACACAACAGCCAGGUAGACAAAAAAAAGUCCGUUUUUGCGAGACCCAAGCUCGAAUGCUUCCGCCAACCGUUGGACUCGUCUCUGCACACUUGCUGCACCGGACGGCGGGCACUUCGUGCUCCGUGAGCCAGCAACAUGGUACAUCUUCGUCUCGCUCGCUGUCCUGCAUCCGAAGGGCCAGAAAGGGUCGGGGAGGCGCAUCCUGCACCUUCGAGCGAGUCUGAACGUGCGCAACAAUGCCAGCACAAAUACCGACCUGGUCAGUGGAGAUUCCAGCGCUACACAAGAUCUGGUGGACGUGGUGCAGACCCUGAUAUGCACCCUCCUCACAAAUCCAACCACGUCCCCGAGGCGCCGCCAGCAUCGUCUUGUUCAUGGAAGGCUUGUUCAGCGUCAAAUGUGACCAAGACGCCAUCGCCGUCAGCCUUUUCUUUGCAUCUCGUCAAUGCCGGCAGGGCCACAGAAGCUAGGACAUGCCGCGUUGCACCGCAGCGAACUUCUGCCCUACAAUGAUGCGAAAGUCUUGCGACCCAUCGCAGGAAGAGAUGCGCCUUCGGUGAAUCUGAUGGUACGGCUCCAGAGAGUCGGGACAUGCAGGCAUCUCUGCCGUGAUUCGCUGGAUGAACAGACUUGGACACAACCAUGCGCCAAGCACACGUAAAGGUAUGGUCGAAUCGACCACCAGGCCUCGCAACGGGAUCGGAACCUGUUGUUAGCACAUUUGUCGAAUCAGCGACAGCACAAAUUUCAUAUCUUCCUAAUUUCAGGCCGCAAACCAGUGGGACGCGUAGAUGGGGCUGAAGACAUGCCAGGAACCGAACUUGCUUCAGCUCUUAGGACAUGGAAAGGGUAAACCAGAACGGUCGACGCCCGCUUAAAACUUCCAUGCUGUGAAAUCUCCAUGCUGUGUCGGCAGAAAGCAGGUAGUCAAAACGAUUGGGGGAAAUAC